AUGCAUCGGUCGCCCGCCAGCCGCCCUGAUUCUCGGGCUGAUACAGUUCGCCAUCAAAAGCUUCAAACCGACCGUCCGGGCUCGUCUGACAGUGAUGCUUCGUCUGUGUCAUCCCGGGUAACGACGCUUACCCGGCCCAAAGGCCCUCUCCACGCUCUCAAUACCGCUUCUCCCCAUCCUCCUCGAACCUCCUCAAUUGGCGUCAUUAGCCCAAGUGCAAACAGCAGCAACGUUUCCCUGCCCUCUCCUCCUUCGUCGCGGCCUCCCGGCGCAUCUCUGCGGCUGCCGAACGAUCCAGUGUCUAGGAAACCCUCGCCACGAGGCCUGCAGCAGGAACUGCAGAGACAUCGACCGCGGCAGCAUUCGCAGGGCUUCUUCGAACCUUCACUCCCUACAGCGAGUCUCUCCGACCAUAGCGCAGCCAUGACAGCGCUUUCCGCCUCUCAGAUCGCCGCUCAAGCGGCUAUGCAAUCUACCCAACACCACACGCGGCAUCGAUCCCAGACAGUUCCGAUCGAGGACGGGCCGAAGACCCGGAAGGCCAGCCGAGAUUCCCCUCCUCCAGCUCAGUUGGCAACUAAUGUCACAACUGCUGGAGCAGGCGGUUUCUCCGGUUCUACUUACCAGAAUGGGCUUGUUGGCUCGCGCGUGGCUGCAGCUACGACUGCUGCCAAUAUUGCAUUUCCUCGGCAAUCGGCAGUGCCAGAGCUGGCAGACCAAAAACAGAAGACGGAAAAAUCCAAGAUGAAGCUAUUCUCCAAGCCGAAACAUAUCGGUAUAUCUAGAGAUAAAGACUGGAAAGACAAAGCUCUACCAUCUCCGAGUAAGGGCGGGUUUGGUACCUCCAGUGGACUGUCAAGGAUUGUUAGCGCAUCUACGACGAACUUAACGGAAGUGAGCUCCAACAAUUCCUCUAUGUACAACCUAUCAAAUGCAUCGGCCAGUACAGUAGUACCGCUUGACAAGGGCGAGAGUCAGAAGGAGAAAGAAAAGGAAAAGGACAAAGACAAAAACCACAAACACCACUUCCUGUCUCGCCAGAAGUUGAAACUCAAAGACGAGCACCGUAACCUAGUGUUAUCAUCUGCUUCUAGCAACUCGAAACCUCUAGACCCGAAUGCUCCACAGUCUCUUUACAGUUUUGCGCCAUCUUCUCCGGGACCUUCGUCAUCGGGAUUCCCGAAAUCAGGAUUAGACCUCCUCCACGGCGGUCGGGCUUUGCGAGAGAAGAGAAGAGAAGAAAAGGCAUUUGAUGUCAACCGGGAUCCAGAUUCAGAGUGGCCUCUUGUAACUGGUGCUGGUGCCAACGGCUCAGUGACAUCUUACGGUCCCUCGUCACUAGGCAGUUCUGGGAACGCAAUCAGUAACGACAGUGUCAAAGAAAUGCUUCAGGGAUUUGGCCUACAUAACAUGGCGGCAGAAGAUGUUUGGGAUUUUCUCAAGGCUAAACUGCUGGUUGUAUUUGAUGGAGGCGACGUGCGUAUCGCUGUGGAGGAUCUAAACAAGCUGGUCAUCAUACAUAUUCAGCUUUGUGUACAAAAGCAUAUGCCUACCGUGGUGGAAGACCUACGAGAACUACUGCGUACAGGGUUUUCUGCUUUGAAUCAUUCGAUUAGUGGCGUUCCAGAUGAAAAACUAGUACCGCAUCUAAUGCAGAUUUGGAUGUUGGCGUUUGGGACGAUUUUACCCUUUAUCCAGGCAGUCUUUCUCCCGCUGGACCUUGAAUUCAAAGGACGCGGAUCGGUGAUGAAUGCCUGGGAUGCUAGGCAAUUCUGGGGUGGCUUGCCUACAAAUGGUGAUACGAGUGAAAGUGCUAUAGGUGACGAGCUUGAUGUCCGAACAAUUGUGCUGGUCGCAUUUCGUGACACGGUUAUAUUGCAACGCUACGAGGGACUGAAGGCGGUGUUUUCCCGCCUGAGUCUCGACACCAUUAACGCAACUAUCGGCGCCCUGAGUUCUACUUCCAACAGCAGCAACAGUGGUGGCCGGCCUGGUACGGCGGCAUCCUUAGAUCCCACAUACGGCAGCUUCAACUCCCAAUCCUCGCUGCUCAAUAUCGCGGGUAGCUACUCGUCCGACUCGGCCAGUGUCAAUCGCAGUCGUGCGACUUCCAAUACGUCGUCCAACCCAGACCAAUUGAUUUUUCAGUCGUUCACAGCGCCUUCACAACGCCAGCUGCAGACCUUGCGGAACAAUCAAACGGCGGACUCAUCUCAUGUCAUUACAGACACGGUAGGUCGCAUGCUGCAGUGUUUCAGCGUGCUUGCUAGCAUUCAAAGCGGCGACGAUCCACAAGAACGAAUUGAAAUAUUAACUAAAACUCUGAAACACAAUUGGCUCGGGCGAGGCCGUACUGGACGUGAUCGAAGGGGCUUUGUUGGGACCAAAGUCAAGCCAGUAAUGCUACCGCGUCGCAGCACUGACGACGUCAAUAGUGGUCGGGCCACGCUGACAAACGGAAGUUCGAUCUGGGGUAGUUCUUUUUCGACGGGCGGAAAUGUGAGCAUGGCUAGUCUAUUGUGA